UGAGCUUGUCUUCCAAUUUUAACGUUAACAUCACUUGCCUAGCCGGCUAAAGUUUUAUUUUAACCUAGCCUGCACACGUUACACUAGCUUUCACGUUUGCUCAGUGAACGCGAGCUCCAAACGUUUGAAAUACCGUCGUAUUUACCUAGUCUAGCCAACUAAUAGUGUAUAAACCAGAAUUACAUUGAUAAGUACCCAAGGCUGCACGCCACACAGCUGUUUGUGCUAUAAAUAACACACGUAUGUAGCCAAAAUUGUCACCAUCGCAGUGUCCAGCUUGGGAACCGAGCAUGUAAGCCAACAGCACCGAUAGUUAGCGUGAUAGGACGAGGGGGAGGAAUCGUCGCCGCACUAGGCAGUCCCGCAGUGACAGCAGAAUUCGAGGGCGGUGUAUCGCGGGUAAGGGUCAACAAUAUCCGUGAAGAUGGCAGAAGCUGUGGCUAAUGUUGCCAGGAGGAUUAAUGAAACAGCGGAGGAAGGAAAAGACACACUAGAUCUCUCUAACUGCAAACUGAUUAGCUUCCCAGAGGGAGUCUUCAAAGUCCUUAGGAGUGUGACAGAGAAGAUCCAUGUGAUCACACUGGCAAACAAUGAAAUGAAAGCCAUAAACAGCAAAUUCUUUACAACCUUCACACAGUUAAGAGAACUAGACUUGGAAGGAAAUGCCCUCAGCAAGUUACCCGAUGCAGCAGGAGAACUGCAGCAUCUGAGAAGUAUCAAUUUGGCCAGAAACAAGUUUUCCACUUUCCCAGAGAGCCUGGCUGAAAUACACACGCUUGAAAAGAUCAACCUGGAAGGAAAUGGCAUCACUGAAAUACCAGUGGAGAAGCUCUCAGCGAUGCCAGCGCUAAUGUCCGUUAACAUGAACUCCAAUCCCGUGGACAAAGAUGUCUUGGCUUCCCUUCAACCCUCCAUAAAAUUUGAGAUUUUAACAACAAAGGAAAUCUAAGAGUGCCUUUUGGGUGAAAUAAUGCAAAUUCCAUAAAUUGUAUAAACUUGAUGUUUUAUUUUCAAGUUGUCUUGGGGGAAUUUUCUGUUUGAAUUAAAUAUUAUUUAUUUUA